CCAUCUAUUGCCGGAAAUGGGGGCGUACGAGUCACGUGACUGUGGCUAUGACGUCGAAGUCUUAAAGGUAGAUAGUUAAAAGAGAUCGAAAACAAUAUCGGUCCGCAUUUAAUUAGUUUAAAAAGUGUGGCUACAACAUCUUUACUAAAAGAACUCACCGUAGGAAUAAAUAAGAGAAGUUUCCGUCCAGUCACGAUGUGGAGAAUUAGAGAAAUAACAGAUCGAGUAACUAAUGUUGUAAUGAAUUAUACUGAAGUAGAAGCUAAAGUGCGUGAAGCCACAAAUGAUGAUGCGUGGGGACCAACUGGUCAGUUAAUGCAAGAAAUAGCCCAAAACACCUUCACUUACGAACAUUUUCCAGAAGUAAUGGGAAUGCUAUGGAAACGAAUGUUACAUGACAAUAAAAGAAAUUGGAGAAGAACUUAUAAAGCACUCUUAUUGUUGGGCUAUCUUAUCCGAAAUGGUUCAGAACGUGUAGUAACAAGUGCUAGAGAACAUAUAUAUGAUUUACGAAGUCUAGAAAACUACACUUUCAUUGAUGAACAUGGUAAAGAUCAAGGUGUCAAUGAGGAUUGGGAAGUUGAAGUGAUAGGGAGAAAGAAGCAGGAAAGAGCAAAGCUGAGAUGGAGAAAGAUGGCAGCAGAGGAUUUGGGUAUUAGAUAUAGUGAUAGGCAUGAAUCAGAUUCUUGGUAUCGUCGUGAUGAAUUUGAUGACUUUGAAUCUGGUAAAUCAAGUAAUAGAGUACCAAAAUUAAGUUUAGGAAGGAGAAAAAGUUUUGAAGAUUCUCCAGAACAUAGUAAUGAUGAAGAAAAAAGAUCUGAAAAUGGAGAUAGACUUGAAUAUAAAGAUGAUGCAGAAAUAAAGUUACCCAAUAAAUCAGAAAGGUCACAAAUUACGCCAAAAAGUACAAAAAAAAUUGAUCUUGGUGCUGCAGCAAAUUUUGGGAAAGAAAAAUCAGAGACAAAUUCAGAAAAAAUUGUGGAGAGUUCUUCUGUAACUAGUAAUUCACCUGAAAAUAAACCAAAAUCUGAUCAGACAAGCACAGAUUUGUUAUCUGAUUUAGUAGACUUUGGUUCCAGUUCUACAGCCACCAAUGUUCAAACUUUAACGGCGAAUGGUGAUUUUGCAGACUUCACUAACUUUCAAUCUGCCGUAUCAUCUCCACCGCCAUCACAAAAAAUGGAAGAAUUUGCUGAUUUCUCUGCUUUUUCAUUAACUUCAUCCACUACUACAUCAAAUCCACCAAGCAUGGAUCUUAUAGAUUCUUUUAAGACAUCCAACAUUCCACCUCUUCAAAUGCAACAAGUAGUAGUAAACAAUCCAUUACAGCCUCAAUCGUUAAUUUCACAUCCGAGCAUGAUUCCAUCUCCAAGUGGUGUAUCCACAAUGCCUAUGGUCAUGCAGCAAAACAUUAUGAGUAUGCAAUCUCCAAUGAUGUCACUUAUUCAGCCACAAAUGGGAAAUAUAAUGAUGAUGGGCAAUCACUCUAUGAUGCAGCCACCUAUUUCUGCUCAUCAGUCAGUCAUGAAUAAUUCAUUGAAAGCCAAUACUUGGAGUGAUGCUGGAAAAGUAAAUAUUAGUGUUGACAAUCUCAGUUUAGCUAGUAGGUAUGAAAAACCAAUAGCUCCAAGUAUGAAUCAAUUAGCUGCAGUGAAUAAUGUAGCUAUGAGCAUGCAACAGAUGACUCUAGGACAGUCUCAAAUUAGAGGAGGUGCAGUGGGAAAUGCAACAGUGGCUUCGGCUUCAGUGAGCGGAAUGAUGUCACCAACUGGAAUGAUGUCUCAAACACAAUCAGUAUUUAGCAGUCCUGGGAGUCUAGGAAUGUAAUAUUAUCUUCCAAUAUCUUAAAUAAGGUUGAUUUAAAAUGAUUUAUCAGCCUAUGUACAGUGUAUGGCAUGUGUGAGCAGGAUUCAAGUAAAACAAAAAGGAAGAUCUUAAUUUCCUGCUUUUUCUAUGUGAAAUUACAGAAAUUCUGACGAAAAUAUAUUUCAUUGUACAGGGGACAGUGUAAAUCAUUAACAACAGCUUAUUUCAGACUAUAAUUUUAGUCCGAAAUACUUCUUCGUGUUUACCAGUUUUUGGGCAAAAUUUUAUGAAACUAGAUUUCAAGGUCACAAAUUUGAAAUUAUUCUAUGAAUACGUUUCAAGUAAUCCAACCGAAGUUUGUGUUUGUUUUUAUUAUGUAAUUGGGAAACUUACCACUUCCUUGUUUUUUUUUAUAAAUCGUGUUAAAGAUAUAGUAGUCGAACUGUUAAUUCCAAUAUUAUUGUCUGACAGAAAAGAUAAAAUAACAAAUUGAAGAAUUUCCAUAAUUUGAUAUUAUAACUAUAUUUAUAUAUUUAAAUCAUUCAAAUUAUAAUUAUUUGUAAACAUUGUAUUGAUAUAACCCAUUGAUUUUGUUCUGUAAAUUUACUUUUAAUCUUCUUUAUAUAAGAAUUGAAAUUAAGUCAAGAUAAAGUUAUUCGGAUAUUGAAAGUAAAACUUAUUAAAUAUUUUAAAAUUGUUUUAAUAAUUCAGAAAAUCCAUUUUUACCAUAACGCUCAAGUUUGGUUCAAUAUUUCAUGUAAAAUUUUCAAUUAAAACUUCUCCAAUUUAAUUUCUUUUUGUCGAAUGAAUUGAACAAAGUAAUUUAAAUGGCAGCUUAUUUUGUCGUUCGUAACGGUCGUGCAGCUUCUCCGAAAUAUUUUGUAUAUUUGUUGCUUUUUUUUAAAAUCCUUGAUUUGGAAUUCGGUUUUUGGACGAAACCGUCUCUAAUAUUUAUUUCGAACGAAAAACAAAAUAGCUGCCAAUAAGAAUGGAUUUCAUUCCUUGUACAGUGUCCAUUUUGUGUAAAAUCAAAUGUGGAUAUGGCCACGAGAUCAUCUUGCCACGAAUUAGAUACACUUAUCGGAACAGUGCCUAUCUGGACAAAAUUUGUGUUUUGUUAAUAUCGAGGUGAAGGUAAAUUUAUUAUUUUUUGGGAAUUACUUAUUAUAAAUUUUGUCAAUAACAAAAUGAGUGUCAAAUUGUAGAUAGCUGGCGGCAGGCGCGUUGGAAACGUGCCGGUCGAUAGUAAUGUAAUUCCUGUCAAGUUUAUCGAAACUGGGAUCCGAAACGAACCAUAGCAAAUAAAAUCUUUUGUACA